UCCCAGUUCCCUGCAUGCCAGGGAGUGGCUGGGCCAGCCUGACUGCUCUUUAGAGACCAGGGCAGAGCAGAGGAUUUAGGUGGACACUAUUGAGAACCUGAAGAAUUCAGGCUCUGGAGCGAAGGGACGGAAAAAGAAGGUUCAAGGUUAAGAAUAUGAGAAUAGGUGCUGCAGCUUUGGCUGGGGGGAUUUUUGGGAUAGUGGGUACCCUGUGUUUCCUCGUGGCUUUCAGUACAGAUUAUUGGCUGGUAGCCAGAGAAAACUGUGGAUCAUUUCUACAGCCCACCAAAAUCACCCCAACACAGGACAAAGACGCUAACAGGACACAGAUCCAGUUCGAUGAAGCUGCGACUACUUCAUGGCCCAUUGUGCAUCAUGAGGGAUUUUUCUGGCGCUGUAUGUUUGCUGCAGAACCCUCGACGCAGGCGGUCCUGGUCACGUUCUUCACCAACCAGCCAGGGUUUAAGAUGUGCAUCCAUGGUUACCUCUUCCCCCUGCCAGUUGCACUUGGAGAAGUUCCUGAUCCAAUCUAUGACGCUACUGCAGUGUUCCGUGGAUUCUGGACUGUUCUGAUCAUAGUCGGGCUGGUCUCUGCUCUGACUGGAGGCUUGCUGCUGGUCUGUGGUGCUCCCUUCAUCAGCAAUAAACUUUACAAGUUGGGCGGAGCCUUCUUCAUUGCUGCUGCCUGCUUGUUCCUGUUCAUGCUUCUGCUCUUCGUCCUGUGGAUGGAGGUGGUGGAUGUGAAGCGUUACGUUCUGCAGGAGAGGGGAGAAUCUUGUCCGGAUGCAGAGGUUUCCGUACUCUACGGUCUUUCCUUCAUGGUGGCGGUUGCUGGCAUUCCUCUAGAGGUCUUAUCUGGGCUGCUCUUCAUGCUGGUGGGCCGUGCAUUGCGUGCCAGGAGAUGAGCUGUGUGACUGGCCAGACUGAAGAGAAGAGACAGACUUACUUAUGGUGCUUCACUGACACUUAGCAGCUCACUUGUGGAACAUGCAGUCCCUUGCAAAAGGAUUCAGAGUUCUUGAUUUGCUUAAACAUUUGUUUCACAUUGCAACCACAUACUUAAAAGUAUGUUUUUAGGAUUUUAUAUGAUGGAGUUCCUUUUUACUGUAGAUCAAGCUGAAAGUCUUUUGGCAUAUGUCUCUAGUAGAGACACAUGGCAAAGGUCCCUAGAUGUGCAAAGCUGGUAGGGACUCUCUACUAGCUUUGCACAUCUAGAUUGAAAUAUUGAAAGAUUGAAAAUCUUUCUGAUUCUUUUUGCAAAGGAAAAUAACACAAAGUAGAGAAUAACUAUCAAGUGGAAGGGAAAUAAUACAUGGUUUUAUAUAUGUAAACAUUUUACAAAUAAUCUAAACAAAUUGCCCCAUGCACUUGUAUUCAGUCUCUUUUAUUGGUAAUAAAAUACAGUGUUACCAGUUACAUUCAGCCAAAUUUGUAACAAGUGUAUGUAAAUUUAAUCUCAGUAUAAAUAUACUACAUGGUGCUGUGUAAUCUGAUAAUCAUUUACAGUUUUUUCUUGUUUUUUGUUGUUCUUAAUCAUUCUGUUAAAAUAAAUUUAAAAAACUGUUAUUUAUGGGUGAAAGAAACAAACCAUCCAUCAAAUCUAACUCAUGCACAAGUCACCAGGUGAAUAAAGAGUAAAGAUGUCUAUAGUGAAAGAAAUGCUUCACUGGUUAUCCAAGGUGGUCUUGUGUGAGAAUGCAGGUUUAUGAUUUAAUUAUGUACACAGACACAGUUGGAGUGCAUAAAAACACCUUAUGUUGCAUUCACUUGAAUUCUUUGCAAAGUUUAAUGUUUUUGUUGUUGUCAAUAGGGAAAGCUUUUAUCAUCUUUAAGCUUUUAGUUUGACUACCAUGAGAAUUUUUCCCUGACUCUCGAUAUUGUGAUCACACUGGCAACUGUCUACUGUAAGUAAAGCACUAACAACUCAACUACUCCACCUAAGUCCUCUAUUAAAUUAUGUUCUUGAAUGCAUAAAGCAGGCAUAAAUAUACUGUUUAAAGCUCACCGUAAAAUUCUUAUUCAAGGUGUUUUUUUCCUUCAGAUCUUGUGUAUAUGUCAAUGACAAAUUUAUGGUAUUUGACUUAACAGAUAGAAAACACCCACCAAACCUGAUCUGAGGAGGCAGGAUUACAGCAUGACAGAAAAUACAAACAAAGGAAGUAAAAUGCCAUGGCAUGCACUCACCGCUUUGCCAAAAAUGGCAGCUAUCAUAGGUUGUCACUAGUGUUCUCUGUUUACACCGCAUGGAGACACUGGGAAUGUAAGAUAAUCAAAACCUACCCUUGGUCACUUCCGUUUUUUUAAAGUCUGACAGGUUCAUUGAGGUAGAGUGAAAUAAUUAGCGCAGAGAUCCGCUGUUGUUUUGGAAAUUAUUUCAGAAAACUAACCUGUCAUCCAAAAUAUAAUGUGUAUUUGCACAAAACCUAAUUGGAAAUUCCAUGUGUCUGUGUUUGUAGUCCACUUCUCAUUUAAAUGUUUCACAACACAACAAAACUGUCAAUUCAGUUUUAAAUACCUCUCGAUAACUUUGGGUCUUCUUCACAAAUAAACAACUUCCAUACCAUA